AUUUUGUUUUCUAUUGUCAAAUCACUAUUCCCAUAAUAAAAUCCUCAUGUAGUGAUUACCUAGGUAUAUUCUCUUACAUGUACCUCUCAGCAAGCCAUCGUUGAAGCCCACCGUACCUUACAACUCCAAUUAACGCACUGAGGCCAUAUAAGAGCCGCAAAAAUGAUGGAUUGUACAGCCUCUCGGAAGCCAUCACUAACCACAUUGGAUAUUUUCCACCGAAACUUGGCGACCCAGUGGAAAUUCAAGGCGUAUUGUGGGCGCGAAUAUUAUCGAACUCCUGAAAUAGUCAAAUGGAUGUUGCGCAGAGAUACUGCUGAGCCUGCGACUAACGUUGGAUUACUUCUUACUGAAGUGUACCACCAGUCAGCCUCCAUUCAUCACCCUACUUCUGGAAGGAUAUGCGAUGAAGGUGACCGCUGCUUGAUUGUGUUCGCUAUCCUCUUAGAGUUGCAUUACGGCUGCUUAAUCGACGUUUUUCAACGCUACAAGAUAAUCGACAGGCGGCUGCCUGUGCGCGAGAUAUAUACCAACCUUCUUGAGAAUGACUUAAGAAAAAGAGGUAUCCAGAACACGAAAAACUUCUGGCAACGUUUCUUGGAAAAGAUGUGGAUGUAUUACCCAUGUCCCCUAGAGCUUGGUAUGCGCGACACGUUCCUAGAUCCUGGUCGUGGGAGGUGGAUAAUGCCUUUCUGCAAAAGACAGCGCAUCAAUAUGAAGGGCGGAACAGCUGAAGUAUGGGAAGUGGCUGUUCAAGAGUGGCUGGUCCCCCGUAAGUUGGCGAUGGCGGCGGGACGGUCUGAGUAUAGGGAUAACGAACAUGGUCCAUGCUACGUAUUUGCUCUCAAAACGUUUACCCAAGAGUCCCUUGAGAUAUUUGAAUGGGAAAGGGAUGCCUACCUUGCGGUACAAGCCAAGAGGCUGCCUGGUAUGGUUAGGUUCCUCGGCGAGUACGAAAUUGACGAACAACUCGAGGAUGGAAGUGUUUGCCAUACGUGGAACAUACUUCUCGAAUAUGGUGAAGAAGACCUCGAUGAGUUCUUCGCAUCACGGCGGAAUUACCCACCAAAUCUUAACCCGGAAACACUUCAAUUCUGGAAUUCACUGGCGAACGUCGCACAAGCAUUGGAUUCAGUGCACAACCUCGAGCUCGAACGUGAGAAUGGUCGUCAUGAUUACUUCUCCGGAUGUCACUGCGACUUGAAACCUGACAAUAUCUUGAGAGUCGACGGAGAAUUCAAACUUGCAGACUUCGGAUUCGCAAAAUUCAAGCCAAAGAAUCCAGGAGGUGUCCCAAAACAGUACAUACCUGGUGGGACUGCGACCUACGGUGCCCCUGAAUGUGACCGCGCACGUCUCGAUCCUACGAUAAGCGUCUCUCAAGCAAUCGAUACUUGGUCGUUUGGUUGUGUCUUGUCCGUCUCAGCAACAUGGGUCAUACUCGGAUAUCAGGGAAUUCGUGCUUACGAUGAACUAAGGCGAAUCGCAAUCAAAAAGCUUCGAGAAAGACGAGAGGCAGGUGAGGACGUCACGGUACCAGCCGUUGACGAUGCUUUUCAUAAUGGUGUAGACGUUCUACCAGAAGUAAGGGAUUGGCAUCGCUACUUGAGAAAGGUGUUAAGGGUGGCUGAUACGAUUACCGGGCGAAUUCUUGAUCUUGUUGACGAGACCAUGCUGCUAGGAGAAUCAGCUCACCAGUCUAGAUCUUCGACUUUAUACAGUGCUAUCCAAAGUCGACUCAAUGAUGCGCAGGAUCUUUAUGAUCGACUUGUGAAGGACGGAGAACUCGAACAAGUGGCUGAAUCGGUCAAGGAGGCACUACUCAGCGUUGAGAACGAAGAAAGCUCACUAGUGAAUUCACACGCUCUGGAUGUCAACGUACCAGCGCUUUCCGCUUCACAAUAUCUGCCGAAUCCUGCCGAACGUCACCCACGCCUCAAGUCUAGCAGGAUCAAUAAGUCUAAGAGGAUCAAUGAAGUGAUUCAAGGGAGAGUUGCUCAUCGCCAAGAAGCACUGAGAGAACAAAGAAGUACCACGACCCAAGCAUCUCAAGCAAACUCCGAAAAGGAUAGCAGGUACUCUGAAACCGAGAACUCUUCCAUGUUGCCAUUGAUAUCAAGCCAGAUGGGACCUAGAGGCCGCGAAAGCAGUGCUUCAUACAACUCUACUGGCUCAACCCCAUACUUACUGGAACCAUCUGCAAUUCCAAAGCCUCUAAGGAUCUCAAACGAAAAAGAAGUUCUUACAUUAGAUUCUCCCGAAUCACCGACUUUAAGCCGCACAUUACAUAUGGAUUCAGUACAUCCAAGGUAUGGUAACUCGUUGAUCGAAAGCCCAGAUCGUGAGGAAUUCCACUUGGGAACCAGGCUUCAAUUGGAAGAACACCCGCCAACCACGAAAGAAGCUCGUUCAUCGACAAUGCCAGGAAUGGAACCCUAUAGUUCUCGGCACAAUUCGUUGAUAUCCUCUCCAUCGUACCAAUGUAACCCGAACCCCCAGUGGCCAAUACAUCAAGAACAUCAAGCACUAAAGACUAAAGAGAAAGGGUUAAGAGCGUUUUUCCCGAAGAAGCAAGAUGAGUACUUGAAGAAGUUCUUAUAUGAUCGAGACAUUAUGUUCCUUGUGGAUAAUGAUAUGACCAUGCUACCAUUAUGGGAAACAAUGACGACUGUGCUCGAGACACUGGUAGCUAAGAUUGGCCAAUUGGAUAAAAACGGGCUAGAUCUCGAGUUCACGCUUGGAAACAUCCAUAAUGCAUAUAAUGUCCCGGGCAAACAGCUUCUCGCAAAAUUCAAAGACGCCAAGAACGAUGCCUUAUCACAGCAGUACCAUAUCAACACGAAUAUGGCCAAGACGUUGACUCGUAUCUUCGAUAAGUAUUUAUCAGAUACUACGCGAGCGAAGACAUUGAUCGUACUCACCAAUGGACUCUGGAGAGGGACGGUCAAUCCUACUGAUGUCGAGGUAGCAAUUGCAGAUUUCCUUAGGAAACCAGCUCUCGCACAGAAGCUGGAGAAGCGAUGGUUUACCAUCCAGUUCAUCGCUUGUGGGAGCGAAGUUCCUAGCAUCUUGAAACAUCUCGAUGAUAAUAUCGAGAAUAAGUACUUGAUUCCGGACGUCAUCGACACGGAACAUAUAUCAGGAAAUGUGUACAAGAUGAUACUGGGAAGCUUCGUCGACGAGUAUGAUGUAGUGGCGUCAUCCCAGGCGCCACCAACACCUUCAACGAAUGCAUCGCCUCCAGGCUUGGCCUCUACACAUGCGGCAUCGCCCUCGACGCCAAGCCCCAGGACUAGACCGAACUCGUUUCGCGCAACGAGAACAUUGUCAACCAUAAAGAACAUGUUCAACUAGUGUAAUUGAUUUCAUAUGUAUCUGGGACGAUAGGGUAUCAAAUAUUUCUUAGUAUCUGGGUUAGGAAUUCUUGAACGGACUUCAUGAACAGGCGGGCAUAGAGAAGGCUUAUAUACCUAGGUAGGGUUGAAUCUACGGCUGAUUCACCGGGAAUAGCGGUUUUGAUUACUAACGAAUGUUACUAUUAUAAGGGAUCGGUAUGGCAAAAGGCAUCUUAUAUGAUU